AUGGAAGUUUCAUUGCAAGAGCUUCAGUCGUGGCAAUUGAGCCUCACUCCCGCUGAUCGAUCUCACGCCGAGGGAGCAGGCGUUCAGAGAAUCAUCGACUUGUUGAACAUGGAAACGCACAUUGAAGGUGGAUACUUUGUCGAAACCGACCGCGAUGCACGCCAAAUCACUCUGGAAGGUGGAAAGUAUCAGCCGGCGCAGUACUCACAUAACACAGGAGAGCAGCGGCCCCUGAGUACGAGUAUCUUCUAUCUUCUCACCCCAAAGCGCUCGAUAGGCCAUUUCCAUCGCAAUGCGAGUCGCACUGUUCAUACUCUCCACCAAGGCAGGGGAAUUUAUGUUAUACUGAAAAAUGACAACGACCACGGGCUCAACAACUUUCAGAUUGAAACUUUCAGAGUUGGUCGUGACAUCGCCGGCGGAGAGAGGCUGCAAUGGAUAGUUGAAGGUGGCAACUAUAAGGCCAGUUUCUUGAUACCUGAUUCUAGUAUGGAAGAGGGAGAAUCGAAUUUGUUGAUCAGCGAGGUAAUGUCGCCAGCGAGUCGCCUAGUGCUCGGCACUGUGGAUUGUUUGUUGAUUGAGCUAAUUGAGAAGCAGACGGUUGUUCCGGGUUUCGAUUUCAAUGAUCACGACUUCUUGACUCUGGAUGACGCGAGGAAAAUGGUAAAAGAAGAAGAGAUAAAGUAUUUGGGAUGGCUGUUGAGGUAG